GGAAAAAAAAAAGAAAAAGAAAAAGAAAAAAAAAAGAGGAAGAAGAAGAAGAAGAAGAUAAGCCGCCGAUCCCCAAUUCCGUUGCUGCAACUGCAAUCGAGCGAGGAUCCAUGGAAAGUAGAGUGUUUGAUUCUCAGCAGCAGGAGCAUUUGCUGGAUUUGCAUGAUGGCAGUGGUUUCGCCUCGGAUCCUAAGACAUGGCUCACCGGUGACGACAUAAGUCGGACGCUGUCGUCGCUCUCCGACAUGGCGGCCUCCGCUUCUGCCACAGGGAAUGUCGACCGCGAGCUCUUCAAUGAUCUAGUGGAGAUGGUGCCACUCGUCCAGUCGCUCAUUGAGCGGAAACCGAAUUCUUCGUUUACGCGACGGGGUUCUAUGGUUUAUACUAAGGUUCCGAAGGCAACUGGAAAAAGUGCUGCAAGCAAAAAAAAUAGGGACCGGGGAGACAAGGACCAAAACUACAAUGCAGCUAACAAUGUGGACGGAUGUGCUGAGAAUUUCUCAGUCCGGUCUUCAGGUUCCUUGCUCUCUGAAAAGGACAGAGAAGAACUUGUAGCUUUGCGGGAUCAAGUAGAGGAUCUUAAGAGGCAAAUAUCAGAAAAAGAUGAACUUCUGAAAUCUGCUGAACUUGCAAAGAAUGAAAUGGCUUCCCUUCAAACCAAAUUUGAUGAAUUGACGAUUGAAGUGUCUGAAAAGGACUCACUGAUCAAGUCCACUCAUCAACAGCUGUCUGAUUUAAAGAUAAAACUUGCUGACAAACAAGCUGCUGUGGAGAAAUUACAAUGGGAGGCCGUAACUUCUAAGUCAAAAGUGGAGAAGCUCCAGGAAGAUCUAGACAAAGCACAAGGAGAGAUUUCAUCUUUCAUGCUAUUUAUUCAAAGCUUGACAAGGAAUGAUGUCGAGAUGUCUCCUGAAGAUUAUGAUGAUGUCUCUUAUCCACUUGAUGAUAACAGUGAAUUGGAUUAUGAAAUGGAUGUACAGAAGCUAGAAGCUGCAAGAGAAGCUUAUAUUACUGCUGUGGCCAUUGCAAAGGAAAGGCAAAAUGAAGAAUCGAUAGCUGCUGCUGCAAGUGCAAGAUUUCAUCUCCAGUCCCUCAUUGCUUCACAAACCUAAUCCCGAGCAAGAGUGAUGAACUAUUAUUAGGUUGCCAGAUGCAACACUACUCAUUUACCAGUAGCCCACAAAUGUAAGGUUGUUUUAAAUGAUUCUGAUGGUUUUUCAUUAAUGAGUGGUUGUGUGUUCAUUAUAUUCCUAAAUGAUCUACACUGUCGAAUUUAUGUUAGUUGGGAUCAUAAUUUAACAACUAGAUUUGCAUUC